GUGCUUUCUCUUCCUUACCACAUCCUUUUUCUUUACUCACGCGUUCGGAUAGCUGUGCCUCUUGAGAGACCAGACAUUUAUGCCUGGUCACUCCUGUACAGAUGACUUUACUUGGACCGCCAUCCACAUAAGGACAUGUUAGGAAAACGAUGAAGAGGUGUUUGACUCCGGAACAGCAGUCAGCCAAUCAAAUCUGUCACUUUUGUUUGCCCCCCCCCUUCUCUCAACACACAAAAGGAAUAUAGGGAGGAGCUGGAAGCACACGUAUGAGGUGUCGGCAUGAGUUUGAGGAACAGAGGGGUGAAGGAAGAUACAGGACGUUCCUGCCCUGCAGACACGACAGAAACAUGGUGGAGGACACCAGCAAAAGUGGAGAAAUAAGUCUGGACCUUCAGCCAGUUGUAUCUGAGUGCCGACGUUUCCGCCUUCGUGCUAUCUUCUUCGUUUUACUCAUCUUGUCCUUCCUGAUCUACUAUAACGUGAACUUCUCAGAAGUCUCGGAUAUCUGGACAACAAUACACGCAACAUACAACAAAACCUAUUCGAGAGCGGCCUUGGCUGCGAACUUAUUAAUCGCGAAGGCAAAUUCUGCCUCUGUCCAAGUGAAAGACACACCUGUCUCACAAACUGGAUCCCCUGUAGAACAAUGCAAGGCUGAGACACCAUAUCAUGUGGCUUAUCCUUGUAACUACAACUACAUUUUAAACGAACCAGAAAGGUGUCAGAAAGAAAAGCCUUUCCUGAUUCUGAUGGUACCAGUGGCUCCGAGCAACAGGGAAGCCCGUGAAGCGGUCCGCAGCACCUGGGGGUCCGAAAAGAUGGUCAUGGAUAAGGUGAUCAGUCUUAUUUUCAUGCUCGGUCUCCCCAGCCCUGAAGGUAGGGAGGAGCAACAGCAGAAGGUGUUGCAAGAGAGUGAGGAAUACCAUGACAUUGUGCAGAGUGAUUUCUUGGACAGCUACAAAAACCUUACCAUCAAAACCAUGAUCAUGAUGGAAUGGCUAGCAUCUCACUGCAAAAAUGCCUUGUACGCCAUGAAGAUCGACUCUGAUAUGUUCCUUAAUACGAACAGUUUAGUCAACAUGCUUCUCAACGCCCCCAGGCAGAACUACAUGACGGGGCUUGUUGCCAUAGACGCCACAGUGCUCCGAGAUCCUAAUUCCAAAUGGUAUUUUCCAAAAGAAGUUUACCAGGACGACUACUAUCCACCCUAUGCUCUUGGCUUAGGCUACGUCCUUUCCUUAGAUAUAGCGGAAAAGCUUGUAGAAGGAUCCAAGCACGUCAAAGCUGUCUAUAUUGAAGACGUGAAUUUAGGACGGAUCAUGAAGUACCUGGGAAUAGAGUACACCAGUCAGUCAGACUCCAGCCUGUUCAAUGUCUUUCCUGUUCCUUACGAUCGCUGUCAAUAUUCAAAACUCAUUGCUACAACGACCAAUAACCUACAAGAACAAGUGAACUCUUGGAAAGACCUUAGGAAACCAGGACCACCUUGUUAGCAGCGGAUAAAAAGACUGAUAACAUGUCUUAACUGGAUGCAUCAUAGGAAAGUCAAACGUGUUACAAAUGAAGACAACGUUCAGUCUAAAGGACAUUGAGUGAACUAGACUUCAGGGUUCCCACUUAUAGAAAAAACAAAUGGCAAGAAAGUAUUUCUUGAGGUUUUAAAUUAAGAUCUUAAGAUCUGAAUGUGAAAUAUUGUUUACAAAUACUAAUUAUAAGGAACUUUAUAUACAUUUUAAAAGCAGAACUAGUAUUUUUAUAAAAGUGAAAUACAGAUUUGGGUUUUGUAAAUGCUUUGUUUAAAGUUUCUUUAUAUAAUCCAAGUUGUCAACAAGAGGGGAUCUUUAUAUAAUCCAAGUAAUGGAUUACUGCAGACGUUCAGAUGGGAACAAAGAGUUUCUCCUGUAUGUUAGUUUGUCUGUGUUUAUUAUGUGUGUUAGUCAUUCAAAUAAGACAAAACAAAUUAGGGGCUGUGACAGAAGGUGAAUUGUUUUUGCUUUGGCUCUCCGUCAGCACACUGAAAUGAAACAGUGGCUAUGAGGUUAAGGAGAAGACUGUUAGCUGUAAUGGGAGGUUACUAUAAAUCUAUACUAGGUGAAUUUUAUGUGAACCAUAGCACUUUUAUACCUACAUACAGUACUGUAAGUCAUUUCAAUCAAUCAACCUUUAUUUAAACUGUGGGUACACUGAGGGAGACCCUUAUUUACAAAGUAGCCAAGCCUACAGAAAUCAGGGAUUGGAAAAAAAUGGAUUGUAAAAACAGAUCAAAUAGAGAUAAAAUAAAAAAAAAACAUAGCUAAUGAAAUAAACAGGAGUAGAAGGUGUAAAACAAAAGCUUGGCACUAGCUAAGAAGUAAAAGUUGAUUAUAAAAUAAAGAAAAGAAUAAUAAAAGUGACACAAUAACUACAACACACCAACAUCAUAUUUAAAGGUGAACUUUAGAGUUUCCUGUAAUGAAUUCCAGCUGGCUGGUGCACCUGUAGCUAAAAGCAGGUUUUACUAGUUCAACAAACACUCUCAGCACCUGAGGGGUUAUCCAUUCACUGGAACGAGUCUGAUAAACUGUAUUAUUUACACUGAGCAUUUCUGUGAUGUGCGAUCACAUAGGGCCAGUGAGCACUUCAUGGAUAAACAGAAGCUAAUGUGUCUCCCGAUGCACAGCCAGAGAUGACCAGCCAUCCUUUUCAUACAGUAUGCGGUGAUGGGUAUUGUAGGGGUCACCAGUAAUGAAUCUCAAAGCAGAGUAGUUGUGGAUUCAUAUCUGUAUAUCUGUAUAUACAUCAGGACUCACAAUGGUGUUGCUUCAACAGUCUUUUUUGUGCACUGGGAAAAGUACUUUGCUUCAAUGCAGGAAGCCGAGUUUUUGCCUCAGUUUACAUGUAAACUUGUUAACAUAGUAUUUGCAUCUGAAGUGUAACCAUGUGCCAAGGUGUUUGUACUCACUAACUCUUUCAAUGUCAGAUCCCUUCAAGGUCAUCGUUUUAUUAGUGUUAAAAUCAAUGUUAGAGGCUCUGGAAAACAGCAUAAAUUUAGUUUAUCUCUACUUUUAAGUCUAGUUUAUGAUUCUAAAAAGCCGAGUGUAGGGUACAGGAUGGUGUCACUGGCAUAUAAAUGUACUUUACAAUCGACAAUUAAGGCUGGCAAUGUCAUUAAUAUAAAUAUCAAACAAAACUGGUCUGAAGAUCGAACCUUGAGGGACCCCCUUGGUUACCAGUAGUAGCUCUGAUUUACUUCGUCUCAGGGCCACACAUUGCUGUCUACCAGAGAGAUCAUUUCUAAUCCAGUUGUUAGCCCUGUGGUCAAAAUCAAUACUUUGUAGACUUUUUAAAAUAGGGAAUGAUGAAUUGUAUAAAAAGCGAUCUUUAGAGAGAUCAAUGAAUGGCAGCACAAUGUUUCUGCGUCUAAGAUGAGAGUAGCAGCAGAGAUUGUGCUAUGCUUUUCUCUAAAACCAGAUUGGUUGUCUGACAAGACUGAAUUUCCAUGCAGAAAUGCUUAAGUUGAUCAUUCACUAAAGUUUCUAAGAUUUUGGCUAACCAUGACAAUUUUGAGAUGGGUCUAUAGGUCUUAAGACCUGAGGCAUCAACUCCUUUAGGAAGUGGAAUUACAUGUGCUGUUUUCCACAUACUGGGAAUUCUGCUUGAUGAAACAGAUGAAUUAAAAUAUAUAUGUAAUGUGUUCUAAAGCCUCAGAAAAAGGGUUUCCAAACUAAUCCAAACUGCACCGUUUUAAUUGACACAUGCUUGUUUACCACCGCCAGGAAAGUUUUGCUAAAAUGGCCUAGUGAUAAAUGGAUAUCUUGGAUUUCAGAAGUGUGGUGGAUGCCACUGAGCACCAGGUCAUUUAAGAGGUCUUGGUCACUAAAACAUUUAAAAUUUCUUCUAACCACCAUCCGAGCAUGACUUUAUUAUGCUUGUAUUUCUAAUACAUCCAAGCUGUGGUCACUAAAACCAGGGUCAAAAACACCUACAGAAGUAAUUUUGUCAGGUCUGUUAGAUAAAAUUAGGUCUAUUAGUGAUGACUUGGCAGGGUCAUGUAAGUUUGGUCGUGUUGGUUCUGCGUUAGCAACAGAUUUCCACACAUUUCCUUCAAGUGAUUGGAUGCAUUAGUUAACCAAUUCAGAUUAAAAUCACCUAAGAUCAGCAUUUCUGAGUUGAUGUAUGGAUAUAAAGUUCAGCUAAAUCAUCUACAGUAUGAGAGGGCACAGAAGGAGGUUUAUAGAUCCCAGUAUCCACAAAGCUGUCACUGCGUCCUGCGCAUACGUUUAGGGCUAAAAACUCAAAACAUUUUCUUUGGAUAAUGAGUUUUUAUUUGAAUGAUAGAUUUGAUGUAAAUAGCCACUCCACCUCCUCUUGCAUUCUAUCAACUCUAUAUAGAUUAUAACCAGGUAGGGCUGCUUCUGAGUUAGACCCAGAUUGCUUUAGCCAGGAUUCAGUCAGAACUACAAUAUCUAGGUCGGCUUGUAAAAUCAACAUUUUCAGAAUGGCUUAAUGCUGAUAAGGUUAGCUGGGUUCAUGAAAAGUUACCUUUCUGCUUUAUUCCCAUGUCGAGUGGCUGAUCUUAGGUUAAGUGCUAAUGAUUACAGAAAUAGAUAAAAUAAAUAAAAUUGUGAAUCAGUGAGCCAAUCCUGCUGGGGUGAAAUCCGUCGUUCCUAUAAAAGGAUGGUUUAACAAGCAGCUAAAAUGUGAAUGCCGUGAAUGGCGUGAAUGCCGCCCAUUGGCCUUGGCGGCCAGUGGCAUGGACUAGCGUGAAUGCUGCGUCAAGGAAGGCUGCAGUGGUGGUGAGCGCAGGCACCUCUCAGGAACUGCUGGAGAAGAGCACCCAAGCGCUCUGCGACUCUCUGGAUGAAACUGGUGAAAUUACUGAAGGUGAGAGGGGAGCAGGGGAUCCAUGCAUAUGGGCGUCCUCAAGCUCCUCAAAGGUGGAGAACCUGUUGCUCAGGGGACACAACCCUGCAACACUCUGCUCCACUCUUGCUUCAGAUUUGAGAAAAAUCAUAGCAGCUUUCUGUCUGUGAGAAAACAACUCAACACUAUGGGUCUGAAAGGAUGUGUAGCUGUCAUGAAGCCCUUGCUGAAAAAAGUAAAAAGGAAAACAAAAAGGAGAAAAUGUGCAAAUCAAAAAGAAGCUGCUGGUGUUCUUAGAACAGCAGACUGACAACCCCAGAGCCCAGACCUCAACACCACUGAAUGUGUUUGGAAUUACAUUGUAACGUAAGGAGCAAACAUUGUGGAUUGUGAGAAGCAAAAAAUGCAACUUCUAAGACUGAACUUUGCAGUUUAUUGAAAAAAUCCCCACAGAUUUCUUUAAAAAACUGAAAACUGUAUUAAAGGCAAACGGUGGACACACUAAAUAUUCAAUUUUGUCAAUUUUUCUGUUUGUUUUUCUCUGUUUUGUUUAAGGGGGCUGAACUCUUGUCACUUUAUGUUAACCACAAGCGGAGCUAAGCUCCGGUACUAUAAUUUGAUGGAAAUGUAAAUACUUUCCAUAAUUAAUAUUCAUGAGAUCCAUUUAAAGCGACGGUUCAAAUGGUUCAAAUAUUUGAACAUUGUAAUUUGGUAAUUGGUAAAUGGCUUAACAGAACAAAAAAGACAGCAGAAAUGAAAGGUGUUGGUUAAAACAUUUUCUUGAAGGGGGGGGUGUGAUGGGGGCCUUGCUUACCUGCCAUUUGCAUGUAUUUACAUGAACCUACAUUUGUUCAAAAUGGUAAUUACACUAAAAAAAGUGUAUUCACUUAAAAAGGUUACUGGACUGCUUUAACGUCUUGAGUUAACUGAAUCUUCAGUAAGCUGACAGAGUUUGUUCUUGUUCUGUUAACUUACUAUUGUAACUGCAUGUUCAAUAAACUCACAAUUUUAAGGCA